AAGACCUCUGCAGAAACGGUCGCUUCGGGCUCUGAAAAAGUUUUUGUCUUUGAAAAACAUAAAAUUUCACAAUGGCGUCUGAUUCUGUGGACGAUCGGGAAAUGAGAGAGGCGCAGAGAGAGUAUCUGGACUUCUUAGAUGACGAUGUAAGUAGUUUUGUACUUUGAUAAUGUAGCUAGCUAACUUUUAUUGGAUGCCUUCGAAAGGAAACCAUGCAGCGUGUUGAGUUACAAUAGAUAACGUUGAAAUCAUGCCAACAGUUAGCUAGCUAGCUAGCUAGCUAAACUCCUUGGGCGAUAUUUUCUAACUUUGUAACGUUAGUUCCUGCCAUCCUAUCUAGCUCGUUAAUUUUACGAUGAUAUUGAUAGCCAGUGAGUGACAAUGUGUAGGCUAAUGUGUAACUUUAGUUGGGUAUUUAACGUUCGCCCACUGCUUAAGCCAGCCAUCACUUGACCUGGAUAGUGUCUGACGAUUACCCCAUUUGUGUUUUGUCCUGAUGCAGCAAGACCAGGGAGUGUAUCAGAGCAAGGUGCGGGACAUGAUCAGCGAGAACAAGAACCGACUUAUCGUCAACAUCAACGACCUGAGACGACGCAACGAGGCCCGGGCUGCCAGGUAGAAAAACAAAGAGGAUAACAGUAACUGAUGUUACACUGCAUUCACACACACACACACGCUUUUGGCAGUAAUCGAUUAGUUGUACCGGUAUGUAUCCACCAAGUUAUUGGCAUCCCACUAUGCAAGAUAUGUAAGGGGAUCUCUUUAGUUCACAUUCCAUAUUAAGUUCCAGACCAUACAAUACUAGCCAAACACAUAGAGCACCUAAAUAAAAAAUGAUCUACCGGUAUGUGUCUAUUAUUCUAUUUAUACAAGACUGUGUAAGGGAAACUAUGUCAACAACAUGUAAUACCAUGCAUAUUAACCUUUGCUCCCUUCUUCCCAGGUUGAUGACUAGUGCGUUUGAGGAGCUGCUUGCGUUUCAGCGUGCUCUGAAGGACCUGGUGGCGUCUGUGGACGCUACGUACGCCAAGCAGUACGAGGAGUUCUUUGUUGGUCUGGAGGGAAGUUUCGGCAACAAGCACGUCUCUCCCCGUACCCUCACCUCUCGCCUGCUGGGUAGCAUUGUGUGUGUGGAGGGCAUCGUCACCAAGUGUGAGUAUAGAUGCAGGGAUGGAUGGAUGGAUGGAGUGGUGUAAGGUAUCAAGCCAGCAGCCUACUCUGAAUGUCUAGGACCACUGUACUGCUCCACAACUACCCAUUCUAUUUUGUCUUCAGUUUCCCCCUCUCUGUUCUGCUUUGACAUGACAGCAUGGAGUCAGAGCAGAAUGUAAUCCAUAAGAAAUAAACAAAGCAGACUCCUUUUUCUAGUAUCCUCCCCAUAUCCAAAGUAAUAUCUAAUACCUCCUCCUGUUCCUCUCUCUCUAGGUUCUCUGGUGCGUCCCAAGGUGGUGCGUAGCGUCCAUUACUGUCCGGCCACCAAGAAGACCAUGGAGCGGAAAUACACAGACAUGACCAGCCUGGACGCCUUCCCUUCCUCUGCCAUCUACCCUACCAAGGUACGCACUCACUCACUGCCUCACUCCGUAGAUAACCUCCGAAAACUCUUGGUGGGGUCGCAGCGCAAAUAAUUAAUUAUCUCCAUCCCCUCUCUCUAGGAUGAGGAAAACAACCCGUUGGAGACGGAGUUUGGUCUGUCCGUCUACAAGGACCACCAGACGAUCACGGUCCAGGAGAUGCCAGAGAAGGCUCCUGCCGGUCAGCUUCCCCGCUCGGUGGACAUCAUACUGGACAAUGAUCUGGUGGACGUGGUAAAGCCAGGAGACAGGGUCCAGGUGAUCGGGACCUACCGCUGUCUGCCUGGCAAGAAGGGAGGAUACACCUCUGGGGCUUUCAGGUGAGGUCAUCACUUGGUAACACUUGUGCACGUGGAUAGUCCCCAAUAGAUGUUUUUUGUCGAUGUUUAACCAACUAUUUCACUAUCAUACUUUGUAAAGAAAGAGUUAAAACGCACACUUAAAAAGUUGAAGAGGACAUUAAACAUAGAAUAAAUAGAGAGAAUUACUCCCAAUUUUUGUAUUAUUAUGUGACUAAAACCAAUUCUUAGGCACACAGUACCUCCUUCAGGGGGGGUUAUAAGGUAUAUUGUUAUCCUACAUCUGUACUCUGUCCUCCAUCUUCCUCCAGGACCAUCAUGAUAGCCUGUCAGGUGAAACAGAUGAGUAAAGAAGUGUCUCCAUACUUCUCGGCUGACGACGUCUCCAAGAUCAAACUUUUCAGCAAGUCGAAGAUGGUAAAGAGCUGCACUGCCAUAGUGAUGGUUUUUAACAUCUUUAGUCAUUUAGCAGAUGCUGUUAUCCAGAGUGACUUAGUUAGUGCAUUCAUCUUAAGGUAGCUAGGUGAGACGACCACAUCGCAGUCGUAGUAAGUAAAACCUUCCUCAGUAAAGCCGCUGUCAGUACUAGUAAGAGAAGACAAUUGCAAGUGUUAAUUUCCCCUCUAGCGAUCAUUACAGAUCCAUCUCAAUAGUCUAAAAGGGUCUUCCUCUUGUCUACCAGUUCAUCUGAAAAGACGGGACAGUCAUUUUGGCCAGAGUCACUCAUCGACACAUCGCCUGGCAUCCCAAAUAUCUACAAUACUAAAUUAAAUACUCUGUGAUCAAAGAUGAGAGAUUCUACCGCUUAUUUUGCACCAUCCCAUUCCCUCAAACGCACCGUCUGUGUCCUCGUUCAUGAGUACGCUAAGAACAUUCUAGACCAUCUCUACCUAUACUAACUCUCUCCUCUCCUAUCCAGGAUGUGUUUGACCAGCUGUCCCGCUCCCUAGCCCCCAGUAUCCACGGUCAUGAAUACAUUAAGAAGGCCAUACUGUGUAUGUUGCUGGGAGGAGUGGAGAAGGUGCUGGAGAAUGGAUCACGCAUCAGAGGAGACAUCAAUGUACUGCUCAUAGGUACUGAGACCACUGAACUGCUGCUGUUCUUUCUCUCUCUCUCUCUCUUUAUCUCUUGUUCUUUCUCUCUCUCUUUAUCUCUUGUUCUUUCUCUCUCUCUCUCUUUAUCUCUUGUUCUUUCUCUCUCUCUCUCUCUCUCUUUAUCUCUUGUUCUUUCUCUCUCUCUCUCUCUUUAUCUCUUGUUCUUUCUCUCUCUCUCUCUCUUUAUCUCUUGUUCUUUCUCUCUCUCUCUCUCUUUAUCUCUUGUUCUUUCUCUCUUUAUCUCUUGUUCUUUCUCUCUCUCUCUUUAUCUCUUGUUCUUUCUCUCUCUUUUAGUUUUUUUAGUUUAGGUUAUGAGAUAGUAGGGUCCCAAACAGUGGUUGAUGGCUGUAUGACCUAUGAGCCUAAGGUCAGUUUGGGAAUAAUCUCUCACGACACACUGCUCAGAUUGGAACCCCUUUGACAGUGUUGUGUGCGAGAUCACCUAAAGCGAGACCGAUUCAAGACCGAAGCAAAUGGAGUCUGAGUCAAGACCCAGAUCGGACGGGGGUGGGGGCGAGACCGAGUCAAGACCGCAACCGGGAAGGGGACAAGGGGUCCGAGACGAAAUGCGAGUCCAGUUCAAGACCAUGAUUGUAAUUUUGUCAAAUCGCCACCAUAAUAAGAGUUCAAAAUGUCCAGUAUUUCUGUGUUCAUAUUUCAGAAGAACAUAUGUAUUCUUUAGACAUUCAGAAUGGUGAAAGAAUGCAUACGGAGGGCAAAUCACAUUUUAUUUGUCACAUGCGCCGAAUACAACAGGUGUAGACAUUACAGUGAAAUAAGGGCAAAGGAUUUAUAAAAUAGUAAUAAUGAUUCUAAUUAUAUUAUUAUUUUCAGUGAUAUUCUGAUUUAAUCUCUUCAGUUUUUGUUGGAAAGGGUUAACACUGAAGAGAAAAAAAAGAUCCAAUCAGGAUUCUUAUUUGGUGGUCUCUGGGGAGAUCAUUUUAGCUAGCUAAGUCAGCCAUUGGCUACGCCAUCAGAAGCUAGAUAGAAGGCAUCUGCCAUCCAUCUGUAUUAGGCCAACAUUUUGGAGUGACAGUGGAAUCAACCAAUCACAUUUUGACUUGUAAUGGGUGGGACCGACUUUACAAAAAACGUAUGUAAACUUCUGCCUUCUCAAAGGCCAACGUAUCACUGCGCAAUAGCGAGCAGUAGUUUUCCCACGGUCUAGCUAGCUAGCUUUUGUUGUAGGCUAGUUUGCAGCGGGUGUUAUCGAAGAGGAUGUUGUUGCUACUUUGUUAGCUUCUCCCUUUUCAAGAAUAACUUCUAAUAAGAAGUUAACUUUUUACUGCAGUGGUCUAAAUCAGGGUCACAGAGCGAUUCUUUAUAGUCUUAAACAAAUCUACUUUGAAACCAAAGUGUACAUGUCACACACACGGUUAUGGGCGGACAAAAAAGCCCAUGUCAAAUAUAGAGUUGAAAUGUAUUCCAUUUUUUGUUUGCAUCCCAAUAUUACACUUCGUAUACAUCACAAAAGUGUGUGGCGCGAAUGUGAAUAUACACUGCUCAAAAAAAUAAAGGGAACACUGAAACAACACAAUGUAACUCCAAAACUGUCCACUUAGGAAGCAACACUGAUUGACAAUAAAUUUCACAUGCUGUUGUGCAAAUGGAAUAGACAACAGGUGGAAAUUAUAGGCAAUUAGCAAGACACCCCCAAUAAAGGACUGGUUUUGCAGGUGGUGACCACUUCUCAGUUCCUAUGCUUCCUGGCUGAUGUUUUGGUCACUUUUGAAUGCUGGCGGUGCUUUCACUCUAGUGGUAGCAUGAGACGGAGUCUACAACCCACACAAGUGGCUCAGGUAGUGCAGCUCAUCCAGGAUGGCACAUCAAUGCGAGCUGUGGCAAGAAGGUUUGCUGUGUCUGUCAGCGUAGUGUCCAGAGCAUGGAGGCGCUACCAGGAGACAGGCCAGUACAUCAGGAGACGUGGAGGAGGCCGUAGGAGGGCAACAACCCAGCAGCAGGACUGCUACCUCCGCCUUUGUGCAAGGAGGAGCAGGAGGAGCACUGCCAGAGCCCUGCAAAAUGACCUCCAGCACCUUUGUGCAAGGAGGAGCAGGAGGAGCACUGCCAGAGCCCUGCAAAAUGACCUCCAGCAGGCCACAAAUGUGCAUGUGUCUUCUCAAACGGUCAGAAACAGACUCCAUGAGGGUGGUAUGAGGGCCCGACGUCCACAGGUGGGGGUUGUGCUUACAGCCCAACACCGUGCAGGACGUUUGGCAUUUGCCAGAGAACACCAAGAUUGGCAUAUUCGCCACUGGCGCCCUGUGCUCUUCACAGAUGAAAGCAGGUUCACACUGAGCACGUGACAGACGUGACAGAGUCUGGAGACGCCGUGGAGAACGUUCUGCUGCCUGCAACAUCCUCCAGCAUUGUCUGGUUUGGCGGUGGGUCAGUCAUGGUGUGGGGUGGCAUUUCUUUGGGGGGCCGCACAGCCAUCCAUGUGCUCGCCAGAGGUAGCCUGACUGCCAUUAGGUACCGAGAUGAGAUCCUCAGACCCCUUGUGAGACCAUAUCCUGGUGCGGUUGGCCCUGGGUUCCUCCUAAUGCAAGACAAUGCUAGACCUCAUGUGGCUGGAGUGUGUCAGCAGUUCCUGCAAGAGGAAGGCAUUGAUGCUAUGGACUGGCCCGCCCGUUCCCCAGACCUGAAUCCAAUUGAGCACAUCUGGGACAUCAUGUCUCGCUCCAUCCACCAACGCCACGUUGCACCACAGACUGUCCAGGAGUUGGCGGAUGCUUUAGUCCAGGUCUGGGAGGAGAUCCCUCAGGAGACCAUCCGCCACCUCAUCAGGAGCAUGCCCAGGUGUUGUAGGGAGGUCAUACAGGCACGUGGAGGCCACACACACUACUGAGCCUCAUUUUGACUUGUUUUAAGGACAUUACAUCAAAGUUGGAUCAGCCUGUAGUGUGGCUUUCCACUUUAAUUUUGAGGGUGACUCCAAAUCCAGACCUCCAUGGGUUGAUACAUUUGAUUUCCAUUGAUCAUUUUUGUGUGAUUUUGUUGUCAGCACAUUCAACUAUGUAAAGAAAAAAGUAUUUAAUAAGAUUAUUUCAUUCAUUCAGAUCUAGGAUGUGUUCUUUUAGUGUUCCCUUAAUUUUUUUGAGCAGUGUAUUUCACGUGCUUUGUGAUUGUGUAGGCUAAUUGUGUAGGCUACGUGAUUUCUCUAUUGUCCUACAUCAUUGAUAAAUGGUAUACCUCCACUACACUACUUUGAUAUGGAACAGUAGGGAUUAAGAAGUGAGUAUAUAUGAAGAAAAAGUGGUUAUAAGGCAUAUGUAUACCUGCGUAUGACCUCCACUACACCAAUGGCCCCUCUGUGUUUUACAAAAAGUGAUCUCUCCUACAUGAGUGCGCUGGUAUUACGGUUGCUGGCCUUUCAGAAUCACCAACCUGUCACACACUGAAGGCCUAAAGGUUCACCACUGGGAAAACAUGUCUAUAAUAGAUGCAAAGGCUGUUAAGAUAUUCAUGUUUCAAGAAAGGAGUGUAUAUAUUUGGCCUGGCGGAGCGGUUUUUAUGCGCUGACUGAAUGGAAGCUUAUAAUUAUGAUUUCUUUAUUUUUAUUUUUUUUAUUUUUUACUCCGCUGGUCUGGGGGUAGAAAUGACGAGUCCUCGCUGUCCGAGACCGAGUACAAAUGUAUCUGACAACGAGACAUUCAAAAUGUGGUCUCCAGUACUACAACGCAGCCUUUCGACCCUCUCAAUCAAUUUGGUUUGCUAGCUAGCUCACGUAACAUUUGGUUCUGGGUUAUGAGAUUAGUUUGGGAAGAACUUUUAACUUGUUAGUGAGUAGUGAUGGGUGAAAAAUGUAUACAGUUACAUAUCGCAAUAUUAUAUCAAUACUUUGACUCCAAAUAAUGUAUUUAUUUUUUGCUAGGUCACGUCAGCUAGCGCUAGUCGGCUGUGCCUGCACCAAAGCUCCGGUGUUUUUCAUCCUAUAUCUUGUUCUCAUGUUUAAAUAGUGAGCCAACAUGUUUUCAGCACUUUUAUUUCCAUGACCGAUCAAAACUAGUUUUCUCAUGGCUCUCUCUUGUCUCUCUGCAGCAGACAUAUGGUGAGCGAUACGUUUGAAACAUCAAAUCGCAGUGUCGAAUCUCAAUACAUAUCGUAUCGGCACUUAAGUAUCGUGAUAAUAUUGUAUCGUGAGGUCCCUGGCAAUUCCCAGCCCUAUUAGUGAGCACUGUUAAACGUGUUACAGUAUGCGUCUGGAUCCUAAUUGUAACACAUGUAAGACUGACCUCUCUCUCUCUCUCUCUCGCUCUCUCGCUCUCUCGCUCUCUCGCUCUCUUGCUCUCUCGCUCUCCCCUCUCUCUCGCUCUCCCUCCUCUAGGUGACCCGUCAGUGGCUAAGUCCCAGCUGCUGCGUUAUGUCCUGCACACGGCGCCCCGAGCCAUCCCUACCACCGGCCGGGGGUCAUCUGGGGUCGGCCUGACCGCUGCUGUCACUACUGACCAGGAGACUGGUAAAGACACACUCACACACAGGCUCACACACACAGGCUCACACACACACAGGCUCACACUCAGAUACUGAGUUGAAACUCGACAGAAAGAGUGAAUAUGAUCAUCCUUCCUGACAGUGAAUGAAUCCAUAACAUGCCUAUCAAAUUAGGUAGUGAAACAUUCAAAUACACCAAAUGAAUAAGUGAAUCAAUCAUAUUUACAUCAAUGAAUCAUUAGUUGAAAAAUUGAACGACUCACACCACAAAUGACUCACUGAUCCCAUCACCCAUAGAUGCAUGUUUACAUUUUAGUCAUUUAGCAGACGCUCUUAUCCAGAGCCACUACAGUAGUGAAUCAUUUAGCAGACUCUUAUCCAGAGCCACUACAGUAGUGAAUCAUUUAGCAGACUCUUAUCCAGAGCCACUACAGUAGUGAAUCAUUUAGCAGACUCUUAUCCAGAGCCACUAGAGUAGUGAAUCAUUUAGCAGACUCUUAUCCAGAGCCACUAGAGUAGUGAAUCAUUUAGCAGACUCUUAUCCAGAGCCACUACAGUAGUGAGUCAUUUAGCAGACACUCUUAUCCAGAGCAAUUAGGGUUAAGUGCCUUGCUCAAAGGCACAUCAACACAGCUAGUCGGCUCGGGUAUCGAACCAGCGGCCGCUAGGCUACCUGCCGAUUUAAAUGCUACUGUUAUAUUACCAUAUUGUGUGCUUCUCUCCUCUCCCAUCAGGUGAGCGUCGUCUGGAGGCGGGAGCGAUGGUUCUGGGGGACAGGGGUGUGGUCUGUAUCGAUGAGUUUGACAAGAUGUCCGACAUGGACCGUACAGCCAUCCAUGAGGUGAUGGAGCAGGGCCGUGUCACCAUCGCUAAGGCGGGUAUCCAUGCCAGGCUCAACGCCCGCUGCUCCGUGCUGGCAGCUGCCAACCCCGUCUACGGCAGGGUGAGCUAAGAACUAUUACAUGUAAUGAUGAAGGAAUGUGGUGCCUUGAAAGCGUCUCACAAAAACUUCUCUGGAGAUGGUUUGGAAGCGCCGCUGAACGGGCAUUUAACUAGUCUGUAAAGGAAUGCCACUUCUGAAGCGGGACUAACGUCCAUCACUAGGCAACCAGAACUGUCAAUCAAAUGAUCUCGAGCUGCCUGCACGCAGACCAUUUAACUCCUAAGAAAAGUACUUUGACUUACCAAAACAUUUAGUAGAAAUAAAACACAUCUACCCUACCAUAAACAACAACACAGCAGCACACCAAUCAGCAACGUUUAUUGUUGUUAGGGAAACAACACCCAAGAUUCUAUUGCGGAGCAGAAUUCUACUGUCUGAAAAGGAACAGACGGUUCUGAAAGGGUAUCAAUUGUCGCUAUCGACCUGUUACCGUAGCGGCGUCCUAUGUAUGAAAAGGGUAUAUGACCUCAUAAAAUGAUUUUCUAUUUGAGAGUGUUAGUCAUGAUCCGGAUCCUGGCCGAAACUAAUCUGGUCUCGGCAACUUACAAGAUGUGCUCUACCUCACUCCUCUCUCUCUAGGAUAGCAUUAAUCAGUGUCUCCUCUUUCUCUCUCUCUCUCCUCUUUCUCUCUCUCUCUCCUCUUUCUCUCCCUCUUUCUCUCUCUCUCUCUCUCUCCUUCUCUCUCCCCUCUCUCUCCUCUCUCUCUCUCCCUCCUCUCUCCCCUCUCUCUCUCCCUCCUCUCUCUCCCUCUCUCUCCCUCCUCUCUCCUCUCUCCCUCUCCCUCUCUCUCCUCUCUCCCUCUCUCUCUCCCUCCUCUCUCCCCUCUCUCCUCUCCUCCCUCUCUCUCUCCUCCCUCUCUCUCUCUCCAGUAUGAUCAGUAUAAGACGCCUAUGGAGAACAUUGGUCUGCAGGACUCUCUGCUGUCUCGUUUUGACCUGCUGUUCAUCAUGUUGGACCAGAUGGAUGCAGAGCAGGACAGAGAGAUCUCAGACCACGUCCUCAGGAUGCACCGAUACAGAGACCCCCGCGAACAAGACGGGACAGGUAACACUCUACUCCUAACAACAGAUCUGGGAUCAGAUGCACCACCAGGGACAGGGAACUAGAUAUGCCGGUGAUCACCAGUCCCGGUUCUUGAGGGUUGUUCGGGCCUGAUUCAACGUCAUUCAUCUUAGCUACAACUGCUUAUCAAGGCUUUUUAUUAUCUGAGUCAGAUGUUUUAGUGCUUGGCUUGAACAAAGGUCUGCAUACCCUGUGGUUCUCCAGACCCAGUGUGUGUGUGACCACUGAUCUAUGAUCUAGACUACUGACUGCGUGUGUGUGUGUGUGUGUGUUUUAGCCAUGGCCUUUGGUGGAUCAGUAGACAUCCUGGCCACUGAGGACCCUGACUCAGUUCAGGACGAGCAGGAGGAACUGCAGGUCUACGAGAAACACAACAACCUGUUGCACGGCACUAAGAGACGCAGGUAUGGAUAUAUACACACACACACACACACACACACACACACACACACACACACACACCACACACAAAAACACAGCAACCUGCUGCACGGCACUGGUAUGUGCUCUCUCUGGGCACGCUCGUUUUGCGUGAGUUGACAUUUCACUUCCCCCCUCUCUCUUUCUCCAGUCCUUCAUCACUGCAUGUUAAGGCUCUUACUUUUUCUAUUCAACUCUCCCCCUGGCACAGGCGGAAAACGUACGGCCCACUUCUCUCCUCCGUCCAUGCACUGCAUGUUAAGUCUUCUUCCUAUUUCUCUGCUAUCAGUGUUUUUGUUUAGAGAGAAGGUAGUGAGUAAGGAGUUCAUGAGGAAGUACAUCCACAUCGCCAAGGUGUUGACCCCCACUCUGACCCAGGAAGCAGCCAAUCACAUCGCUGAAGAAUCACUCCAUGGCUGGAAGCCCGGGAACAGCUGGGCUCCGACAUCGCCAGGGUGAGUCGUUUAGACACGCCCACACACAGAAUAUAGCCUUUGCUUAUAGGUGCACCCAUCUAGUACUGUGCCAGAAACCCUUUGCCUCCAGAACAGCCGGAGUUCUUCGGGGGCAUGGAUUCUACAAGUUGGAAACGUUCCACAGGGGUUUUGGUCCGUGCUGACGUCAUUGGACGACGUUACACCACCGCCACCAGCCUGUACCGUUGACACCAGGCAGGAUGGGUCCAUGGACUCAUGCUGCUUACGCCAAAUCCUGACUCUGCCAUCAGCAUGACGCAACAGGAACCAGGAUUCGUCGGACCAGGCAAUGUUUUUCCACUCCUCAAUUGUCCGGUGUUGGUGAUGGCGUGCCCACUGGAGCCACUUCUUCUUGUUUUUAUCUGAUAGUAGUGGAACCCGGCGUGGUCGUCUGCUGCAAUAGGCCAUCCGUGACAAGGAUCGUCGAGUUGUGCGUUCCGAGAUGCCGUUCUGCACACCGCUGUUGUACUGCACCGUUAUUUCUGUUUGUGGCCCGCCUGUUAGCUUCCACGAUUCUUGCCAUUCUCCUUAAACCUCUCAUCAAUUAGUUGUUUUUUGCCCACAGGACUGCCGCUGACUGGAUGUUUUUUGUUUGUCGCACCAUUCUCUGUAAACUCUAGACACUGUCGUGCGUGAAAAGCCCAGGAGGCCGGCCGUUUCUGAGGUACUGGAACCGGCGUGCCUGGCACCAACGAUCAUACCACGCUCAAAGUCGCUUAAGUCACUCGUUUUGCCCAUUCUAACGUUCAAUAGAAGUAACUGAAUGCCUCGAUGCCCGUCUGCCUGCUUUAUAUAGCCGGCCACGUGACUCACUGUCUGUAGGAGCGAAGCAUUAUCGUGAACAGGGUGGUAUACCUAAUAAAUUGCCCCCCCCCCCCAAUCUAACCUUCUCCCCCGUCUAACCCUCUGCCCCCCCUUUCCCCCUCCAGACAUCCCCAGUAACCGCUCGUACUCUGGAGACCCUGAUCCGUCUGUCUACGGCCCAUGCUAAAGCGCGCAUGAGUAAGGUUGUGGAGCUGGAGGACUCGGAGGUCGCUGUGGAGCUGGUCCAGUUCGCAUACUUCAAAAAGGUCAGCAGACUCGACAUGCAUAGUUGGUUGAUUGAUUGAUUGAUUGAUUGAUUGUCUUCCACAUGGUGGCCAUCCCAUAUGGGAUUAUUACACAGUACUUGUAAUGUAGGUUACAGCCUUUGUGCAAACAUACAUCUUCAUUUAAAUAAACUCUGUUGUAUUUUGGUAAAGCUUGUCUGAUGUCUGCAGUUAGUACAGAAUGGGUUUAAUCUGAAACUAAUCUCUGUUCUGUCCUGUAGGUUCUGGAGAAAUUCAUCUCUGUUCUGUCCCAUGGUCCUGUAGGUUCUGGAGAAACUCAUCUCUGUUCUGUCCCAUGGUCCUGUAGGUUCUGGAGAAACUCAUCUCUGUUCUGUCCCAUGGUCCUGUAGGUUCUGGAGAAACUCAUCUCUGUUCUGUCCCAUGGUCCUGUAGGUUCUGGAGAAACUCAUCUCUGUUCUGUCCCAUGGUCCUGUAGGUUCUGGAGAAACUCAUCUCUGUUCUGUCCCAUGGUCCUGUAGGUUCUGGAGAAACUCAUCUCUGUUUGUCCCAUGGUCCUGUAGGUUCUGGAGAAACUCAUCUCUGUUCUGUUCCAUGUCCUGUAGGUUCUGGAGAAACUCAUCUCUGUUCUGUCCCAUGGUCCUGUAGGUUCUGGAGAAACUCAUCUCUGUUCUGUCCCAUGGUCCUGUAGGUUCUGGAGAAACUCAUCUCUGUUCUGUCCUGUAGGUUCUGGAGAAACUCAUCUCUGUUCUGUCCAAUGGUACUGUAGGUUCUGGAGAAACUCAUCUCUGUUCUGUCCCAUGGUCCUGUAGGUUCUGGAGAAACUCAUCUCUGUUCUGUCCCAUGGUCCUGUAGGUUCUGGAGAAACUCAUCUCUGUUCUGUCCUGUAGGUUCUGGAGAAACUCAUCUCUGUUCUGUCCCAUGGUCCUGUAGGUUCUGGAGAAAGAGAAGAAGAGAGGGAGGAAGGAGCAGGACUCGGGCUCUGAGGAGGAAGAGGAGGAGACAACACAACGUACCCCUCGCUCAGACAAGAAGAGGUACGGCAUUGGACUCUUAUUUGUGAAUGUAAACAAAAUAGCCUCAAAACAUGGUUACCAACUAUCACUAUGGAUGGUUACAACUAUCACUAUGGAUGGUUACGAACUAUCACUAUGGAUGGUGACCAACUAUCACUAUGGAUGGUUACAACUAUCACUAUGGAUGGUUACAACUAUCACUAUGGAUGGUUACGAACUAUCACUAUGGAUGGUUACCAACUAUCACUAUGGAUGGUUACGAACUAUCACUAUGGAUGGUUACGAACUAUCACUAUGGAUGGUUACGAACUAUCACUAUGGAUGGUUACCAACUAUCACUAUGGAUGGUUACAACUAUCACUAUGGAUGGUUACGAACUAUCACUAUGGAUGGUGACCAACUAUCACUAUGGAUGGUGACCAACUAUCACUAUGGAUGGUUACGACUAUCACUAUGGAUGGUUACCAACCAUCACUAUGGAUGGUGACCAACUAUCACUAUGGAUGGUGACCAACUAUCACUAUGGAUGGUGACCAACUAUCACUAUGGAUGGUGACCAACUAUCACUAUGGAUGGUGACCAACUAUCACUAUGGAUGGUGACCAACUAUCACUAUGGAUGGUUACGAACCAUCACUAUGGAUGGUUACGAACCAUCACUAUGGAUGGUUACGAACCAUCACUAUGGAUGGUUACGAACCAUCACUAUGGAUGGUUACGAACCAUCACUAUGGAUGGUUACGAACCAUCACUAUGGAUGGUUACGAACCAUCACUAUGGAUGGUUACGAACCAUCACUAUGGAUGGUUACGAACCAUCACUAUGGAUGGUUACGAACCAUCACUAUGGAUGGUUACGAACCAUCACUAUGGAUGGUUACGAACCAUCACUAUGGAUGGUUACGAACCAUCACUAUGGAUGGUUACGAACCAUCACUAUGGAUGGUUACGAACCAUCACUAUGGAUAUGAAUUUGAUAGUGGUUACAUUUUCUCCAGGCCCAUCCCUCAGCUUUUUACCAAAACAAACUCUUUGGUGAACUCACACUUGACUUUUACUAGCAGUGACCUUGCUGAUAGCUACUUUAUUGAGGAAGAAUGUACUUACUGUGAAAUGUGGUUGUCCCAACUAGCCAUCUUAAGAUGAAUGCACUAACUGUAAGUCGCUCUGGAUAAGAGCAUCUGCUAAAUGACUAAAAAUGUCAAACGUUAUUGUUCCUACUGCCCCUUUAAAAGGAUAGUUGCUGUGUUUUCUGGACAUGUCUGUUAUUCUGUGUUUGUCCUGCAGGAGUCGCCGUGGUUCCCAGAGCAGCGAGGCCCGCGACCCGUACGACUUCGCUGGAGAGAAGGACAUCCCUGAGAGUAAGAACCAGACGCUUCUUUCUCUCAGUACCAUUUCUGCAAAGCACUAUGGGUUCCAUUCAGACUUGAGAUAAAUUGGCUUAACAUGGACUUCAGUCAUCAAAACAUGGACUUCAGUCAUCAAAACAUGGACUUCAGUCAACAUUUUUCUUGACUUGUGUCCAUGUUAAGUCAACUAAUCUCAAGUCUGAAUAGAACCUUUUUAUAUGAAUCAAAUUGAUUCUCAGUUUCAGAAUUGUUACCAUACACUGUUUGCCCCUCCCUCCCACAGUCCAGGCUGGCACGCCCAAACCGGCCGAGGCAGAAGAGGAGCCUAUGGAUGCCCCUGUCCCACCGAGCCAGGACGGGCAGACAGAGGUGUCUGCAGACAGGUGGGUUACAGUGCGAAGGGCAGAGACUCCUCUCAUGUUACCGUCAGUCACUCUUGUUAGGGGACCCUGCAUAGACUGGAUAGGUGAAAGCAAAAUGUUUGAACUGUGAAGAAUAUGUUGGAAGUCUGGGGCUGGGUGCUAAAAUAGAACCAAGACCUAGUUAGGAUAGGCAUGUGUCUAUCGCUCCACUGAAUGGAAGGCAGUUAUAUCCCUCUGUCCAUGUUAAUCCUCUCUCUCUCUCUCUCUGUCUCUGUGUCUCUGUCUCUCUCUCUGUGUUUUCCAGGCUGAAGGAGUUUAAGUCCUCCCUCCUGGAGGUGUUCCGUUCUGCACAUGCUCAGUCCGUUGGUAUGAACUCUCUGGUGGAGAGUGUCAACAAGGACAGUGACGCCCCCUUCACCCUGACAGAGGUCCGGGCCGCCCUCGCUCGCAUGCAGGACGACAACCAGAUCAUGGUGGCUGAUGAUAUCAUCUUCCUCAUCUGACACAGAGGUGGAGGCAGGAGAGGGAAGAGGUGGGAGGGAGAGGGAAGUGGAGGGAGGAGGAGAGGGAGGGAGGAGGUGGAAGAAGGAGAGGGAGGAGGGAGAGGACAGAAGGAGAAGCAAGA